GUGUUUUCUUCGUGUUGAUUCAAACGUCAAAAAACACGAAAAGCUUCUCGUCAUUGAAAUGGCUAUCAAUCCUGUUCUUGCCCUUGACCAAUUCACACGUGAGCGACCAAAAGACAGAUUUGAGGGACGUUGUCACUCACACUAUCAGGUCAGUUGUUCCCGCUUGCGGAGCCUGGGGAGGUCUUCUUUCUUCGGAGAGAUGGCAUACAGUUCAGAGCAGAUGUCCCGGGGCCGAGAGGGUAGACUCGCAAACGAAUGAGUGACCUUGUUCAACCAAGAUGAGAUGCGUGGAUUUAAUGCUGCAGGAAGCAGAAGAUGACGGGGAAGGGGGCGUUCUUUCUGACAUCGUGAGUGAAUGUGCGAACGGCCCUUUCCAAAUGGACUGUUUGGUGGUCGCCUCUCUGUGUCCGCCUCUGUAACGCAGGAACCGCGUGGUGUUUUUGAGGGAGGGGCGCGUGCCUGAAGGGGAAUGGACUAGCUUCGACAUACCACUGGUAAGCGGUGAAUGGAUAAAGUGCAUGUAGUCGACGUCUGUCGUUUUCCGAUGGUGCGUGGGCAGUCGUUGAUGCAGAACCCUCAUUUCAGGCAGCCCAUCUUCGGUGCGAACUACCUGGAUGGACACGUUGCACCGGUCAGCCAUCUACCUCGUCGUAAUGACCCAAGGAGCUCCGAUGACUCUUCGUUAUGCCUUUCUCCAGAAGGUGACAGCUCCGAAUCCGAUUGCGGGAACGGCGUAUUGGUCACUGACCUUCAAUAAAGGUGGGUCGGCGAUAACAGAUGGAUGGAGCGGGCGGACGGAUGUGAGCAAGUGUUGGAUGCAGGCGGCUGCGGGACAUUCCUUCCGAUUUUCUACCGCAUCCUUGGGGAGACCAAUCAACCCGGAACACGUAGGCAUGUGCAGAGAAGCGAGAAGGGACGAAAGCCGGAGGGCUUCGCUUGCUCAUUCCUGUUUGGUCCCUCCCUCUCUCUGUCUUUGUCUGUGUACUUCAGAAUCGCAGUUUAUCCAAGGAGCACAAGCCGGCCAGCUGAGUCAGGUACCCAUCCAUUACUGUCCAGCCCACUCUGCUGUCCAGCGCAUUUUGACGCAUCUGUCCGUACGUGUGCCUGUGUCUUUUAGAUGGCCUACGUGGAUCCAAACGACCCAUCAGUGCUGUACAUCACACAGCCUCAGCCGAUCCCGCAACAGGCAAUGAUGGGAUACCAAGGGACAGCGACAGCGCCGCCGCCUCCAUAGCUGUAUUGACAUGUGUCGUGAGGCGAGUGCUUGUAUUGAUAUUCGUUGACAUGUGUACAUACAUGAUGACCUUGCUGACCAUUCCCGUGCCGGCAAGACACAAUGCAACUACCCGGGAACACAUGCCAUGCAUCUGUACACUCCCUUCUCGGCAACUCGCUUCUCUCUCGCAACACAUGCCUCGGACACCAAUAAAG